AUGGCAGUGAAAUUAUUACAAAAUUGCUUGGAAAAUUUAAGGAAUUUAGUUUUGGCAAUGAUUUUGGUGUUUUUAUGUUAUUUCUCCUUUCAUAGUAAAAAUAACAAUAAAUAUAAAGGCGAAAUACGAGACACGUUCAAACAACGUGAAAUGCCACCUCGGUGUGGAUACUUAAGGACGAAAAAAGAACUAAAGCAAAAAAAAUUUUCCAAAAAAAAAUGUCGAAUACAAUACGGUGACCUCACCAAAGGUGGGCCUCCGUAA